AACACAACCACACACAAACAAAACCAAAAAGAAAAAAAAGAACUGCGAUUUAUUUUUAAGCAUGUUUUAUAGUUUUACCUCCCCAAAAUCUCUCAGUCUCCCAUGAAAUAUUAUGCCUUGCUUGCUUCUCUCUCUCUCUCUCUCUCUCCAAAAUGCGAGGCAUUGAGAGAGACUGAACUCUGAGUUGGGUCUUAUACGUUUUGUAAUCAAAAGUUGUUGUCUUGCUUUCUCAUCUCAUGUGGGUAUGUCAGCUAAGAGAGAGAGAGAGAGAGAGAGAAGGAGAGAGAAUAUAUGAGGAAGUGAGCUUUUUUUUUUUUUUUUUUCCUUUCACAGUGUAUAGCAAUCUUCAAAAUCCAGCCUUUACAGCAAAACCCAGCUAAAUUUUUGGUCUUUACUAUUUAAGCUGUCACCAUCUUGAGAUGUAUUGACAGCGAAACAAGUCUACUUUUUGUCUGCUUGUUUGCUUGAGUUAUUUCAGACUCUCUACAUGCCCCAAGUUUGUCUGCAAUUUGAGUUGGAACUUGGAUGUGCAACUUGUUGUGCUUUGUAUGAACUUUUUUAAUUAAUGGGUUGUUGCAGAAAUGCAUGAAAGAGUCUAUAGGCAGAUCAAUUCAGGACUUGAGAAGCAGACUUGGGAGCAUUUCUGAGAUGGGUUUUUGAUUUUGUCUCUGAUUAGUUUGAGUGAGCACCAACUUUUUGUCCCAAAAAAAAAAAAACCAGAGAAAAAGUUUAGGAUAAGUAAAUGCAAGUUCUUAGUGGGAAGAUGAGAGAUUUCCCAUCCUGUUUUGGUGAAAAUGGGGUUCAAGUUGCUGAUUCUUCAUCAUCAAGCACCAGUAGGGCUGCCCAGAAUUUAGUUACUUGCGUCUAUCAAUGCCGUUUACGCGGGCGGUCUUGCUUGAUUACUGUCACAUGGAGUAAAAAUUUGAUGGGUCAAGGCCUUGGAAUUGGGAUCGACGAUUCGUCGAAUCAGUGUCUCUGCAAGGUUGAUAUUAAGCCCUGGUUGUUCUCCAAGAGAAGAGGGUCCAAGAGUUUAGAAGCAUACUCUUGUAAAAUUGAUAUAUAUUGGGACCUUUCUUCAGCAAAAUUUGGACCCGGGCCUGAACCAUUGGAGGGAUUUUAUGUUGCAGUUGUUGUUGAUCGACAGAUGGUUCUCCUUCUUGGGGAUUUGAGAAAAGAAGCUUUCAAGAAAACUAAUGCCACCCCUGUGACUUCUAAUGCUGCUUUCAUUUCCAAGAGAGAGCAUAUUUUUGGCAAGAAGGUGUUCAGUACCAAGGCUCAAUUUUUUGAUAAUGGUCAAAUUCAUGAUCUUGUGAUCGAAUGUGACACUGUUAGUGUCAAUGAUCCGUGCCUGGUGAUCCGCGUAGAUAGCAAGCCCCUGAUGCAGGUGAAGCGGCUUCGAUGGAAGUUCCGGGGGAAUCACAUAAUUUUGGUUGAUGGGCUUGCAGUAGAAGUUUUGUGGGAUGUUCAUAAUUGGCUCUUUGGUACAUCACUUGGAAAUGCUGUUUUUAUGUUCAAAACAUGCCUCUCCCCUGAGAAGUUGUGGGCAAGCCAACCCCUCUCCGAUCCAAACCUAUUGCCAUGGUCUUUCUCGCAAAGAUUUUCAGAUUCCAAAUCACAAUCUCAUGGUUUCGCACUGAUUUUGUAUGCUUGGAAGAAUGAAUAGAUAUAUUUAAUAGAAUUUUCAUUGAGUGCUAACAAAAGCUUUUAAUGAGUGUUGAUAUUUAUCAACUCUGUUAUUGGAUUACACUUAAUUUCAUUAAAUGGCCCAUUAUAUUCUUCUUGUCCUUUUUCCUCUUGAGUAACUUGAGCCAUAAGUAGAGCAGAGACAAUUUUGUUAUUAAUUGGUUGCAUGUUCUACUUAUAGUGUUAAUUUUAUUGUUUUUUUUGGGAAUUUCAUUUCAAAAUAAUGCUUGCCUAAUGCUCCAUUUUGUUAUCAUCAAGUAUGUUUGUGCCACAAGCAAGUAUUAAUUAUCUUGUAGAUUUCUAACUUGCGCAUUAAGAGCUUCCUUGGUCAAACAAUGUCUGAGCCUGGUGUGCCUUAAUUGAGCUGAAGGUAUGGUGCUAAGGGAAGAAGAACCAAGGUUAGAUACAGAUUUGGUGUCUGCAUGCUAAAUUCCAAAAUUCCCCUUCCAUUUCCUUGUUUUAACUUGAUUGGGUGCUUCUGGAUAUGAGCUAUCUACUUUUGGACUCCAACAAUCCAUCAAUGCUGGUGUGAUGUCCUAGCUUCUUUUAAAGUGAACUAUAUUGCACCCAACAUGUUCCUAAUCAUUCUUGGCUCACUUAUACAUUAUACAACCUUUAAGACAUUAUUCAUUAAGAUUCAGACUUCUAAAGAUCUAAUGUUCCAUUACUUAUUUAUAAAUCAUAGCUGCAUUUCAAAAAAAAUUAAGUUUCACUUGGCCACAAUAAACAUCUGAACCGAUUGGAGGUUAGUUUGUGCAUUCUGAGCACGUGCAACAUAUUCUUUUGCUUGCUAAAAUGUGUGCGAAUUAAAUGUAUAGGGAUGAAAUUUAAAUUACAAGGCAGCUUUUUGCCUUUUAAGGAGCCAUCACUAAACCUCCUUGUGGUUUGGAGUAAAAUGAAAUUGUCAUAUUUAUGGGUUCUCCCAUGUUGAAUGCACGUCACAGGACACAAAAUUUGGCCCUAAGAAUCAGUAGGCCAAAGCUCUCUUUGCUGCGCUUUAAGUCCAUUGAGCACCAACUGAGAGCUAAAUUCCACAUUUAAAGGAACAUGUGCAUGUUGUAUGUGAGAAUCCAUCAACCUGGAUGAAAAAUAUGACAAUUCCAUUUCUCCAAACCACGAGGUUUAGUGACAGUUUUCAAAAGACAAGGAGUAAUUUUUUAUCACCACUAACCACAAGGAGAUCAAUGGUGAUCCCCACCAGGAAAAACAUUUAUCGAACAAGCAAGAAUAAUACAUAUAUAUAUAUAUGUGCGUGUGUGUGUGUGGAGAAUGAAAUCCAAGUGCAAACCAUUUGGUUCUCUGGGUCUUUGAUAAAUUUAUAAAGGGUUGCUGCUGUGUUAGAAGGUUAGAGUGGUGGGCAUUAGAAAAAGAUUAGAAAAGAUUAGAAAAAAUGUUGAUAGGAAAAGAUUAGAAAAAUGUCAGUGUCCUAUUAAAAACCUCUCUUAUCAAAAAGCUGCAACUCCUGGAUUGACUUAAUCUCUGUUAUGUUUUUGCAGGGAUUCAAGUAAAUUUGGUUGAAAAUAGUAAAUGAAUUAGUAGAAGCCAAGAAUGUUUAAAGUCUGUAGGUACUUCCCUUCCAGGGGAAUAAGUGGUUUAAGUUACAAUUACUUACUCAUUAUUCUAAUGUAUCUGCAAAAGACAUUAUUCUUAUCAAUCUUUGUCCCAACUCUUACGAGGCCUUGUAUGAGAUUUAAGUUCAUCAAAAUUUACACACUGUGAUAUCCUUUCGAGUUUUCUUACUUUUUGCUGGUACCUUAGAUAAGACCCAACGCACUAUUGCUGUUUUUGGUUUCAUAGUGUAGUUUCAAGCAGUCCACCUCUGGUUGCCCAUGGUUUUUAUGAUUAUUUCUCUAAUUAUUGGUGGCAUUGGAAACCUCAUGAAAGCACAGGAUGUCACAAAUUUCUGGCUAAACCUACUUGUAGUCUGAAAUUAGUUGCAGAGAUUAGAACUACAUGAUCACAGAUUCACAAUAUAAGCAUCAUCUUGAAGACUACAAGCUCUCGCUGACUUACAUUUGGGGUGACAAUGUUGAAGAAUUGCAAAUUAUGUUACUUGAACUUCUUCUGGUUGCCUAAUGGUUGGUGUUAAGCUAUCUAUUUGUUGAAGGGGAUUCUUCUAGUAUUUUUUCUGUGUGCUAGAGCCUGACUGAAGGUACUAAGAAGCAUUUGCAUUGUAUGAUAGAGAUCUAUUUACUUUAGACUUUGGCACAGAUGCAAAAUUCAGCUUAAGAGAGUCUAAUUAUCUAGCAAAACAUGUUCUUCUAUUCUUUAGAUUUCAGACCUUCAGAGUGCACCUUAUCCUCCUUGAUGACAAUUAUUUUGAGGUUGGCCUGUGGGCCUGUGUCUAGUUGUGCUGUGUGCUUAUGUUUUUUGUAUUGCCUAUAGUUCGCAGACUCCUUGUAGUUCACUUUUUUUUUUUUUUUUUUAAAAAUAAUCUGCCAGAGGGAGAGAUAGAGAGACAGAUAGACAGACAGACAGAAGAAUGCGUGUAUACAAAUAAAACAGUCUACACAAGGAAAAGAAUGGUGAAUAAUCAUGGAGAUUUAAUUAUCAAUAUUCUGUUUUUCUCAUCCUACAGGCUGUUCUUGGUCUCUCAAGUGGAGCAGGUGACACUUAUAGUUCUAUUCUAUCAAUUUCAUUGUUAGUGAAAAGCCUAUUUUAGUGUUUGUAAUUGUCCUUUCGUCUUCAACUCCAGAAGAAUUUAUGGAAAGUGGCUAUCCAAUUUCUAAGCAUUAUGAGCUU